ACUCACAGCGAGACUCAAUUACUGCCCAAUUCCCCCUUCUUCAUCAUCUGCUGCUCCUCCGGCCAUCUCAAAACCAGCUCGGACAAAAAAGUAUUAGUUUUUACCAGGAGUCGGGAUUAUAUUACUUGGCGGAAAGUGCAGGUGGAAGAGCAGUGAUGUUACAGAGCUGAGGACACUCCCACACAAUAUGGAGCCUGGAGAGCGGCUGGCCUCGCCUUCCUCCACCCCCGUCUCCGUGCACACCAGCUCAUCUUCAACCUCAUCCUCAGCAUCACCGGCCUCCAACGCCAAGAGCAGCCUUAACCUCGGAGCUGCAGCCUCUCUCGCCGUCUGCGGCCCUCUGUUUGGGGUGGCGGGAAGCGAGCAGCCGUUCAGCAUAACCUCUGUAACCUCAGUGCCCAGUGCCUUCCCCAUGAUGGCGCACCCCGCCUUUGGCUUACUGUCUCCUGGCACAGCACGCCCUGAGUUCGGGGGUUUGGGGGCACUAGGGGUCACUGCAGCUCUGGCAGCACACCCACAACUAGGGGCUUUCUCAGAUUGGUGGAGAGCAGCUGAAGCUCAUGGACGUAAUGCUGCAGCCUUCUUCCCCCCAUUUCUCAGUCUGCCUCCGCUGUUUGCCCCUCCUCUUCUGAACCACGAGGCCUCACCUUACACUUCUAAAACCCUGAGCAAAAGCAGGCAGGGCUCAAAAGCUGGUGUUAAUGGAGCAUUGAAUGGGAAUGUGGUCUCUCCUCUGAUGGCUAAAGGCAGUGUGUAUGGGUCACCCUCGCCCACUCUUCGCACACCCAGCGUCAAGCCCCGUGCCCGCAAAGCCUCUCAUCACAACAACAGCACAGGAGAGCUGCAGGAGAAACCCUCGCAGAAACCAAAAGAGAAGAAAGCUCGUAAGAAACUGGGUGACGGCUCGGCAGUGAGUGACAGUGAAUCAGGCUCGUCUCUGGACAGUGAUAUUGAAGGAGUCAGCAGCAGUGACUUGGACGACCUCGGUGAGGAUGACGAUGACGACGAUGACGAUGAUCAGAGUAAAGACAGUGAAGAGUCUGAUUCUGAAAAGGAACGGCAGAAGAAGAAAACAGCAAAGAUUGCUUCACCUAACCUCAGGCCCAAUAAAAAGGGACUUGCCAAACCUGUCCAGUCCUGGGACCUCCGGGAGGGCAGUGCCCACUUAGACGCCCUGUCUCACUUCUCACCUCUUAUCCUGCCAGUCUCCAUAGCCAGAGACGCUGUGGCACAACCCACCAGCGUCAUUCAGUCUACCGGCCUGGCCAUAAGUGCCAAACCGCUAACACUGAUUGCCCAGCCGCAGCAUGACUCCUCCCCAGAUCACUUUGGAUCCUCCCCUCAGCAACUCAGCUCCUCCCCUCCCUUACCGUUGGCCGUUUCCUCUCAUCAGCCACUCUCACUUUCACUUUGCUCCUCCCCCAAGCCGUUAUCAGUCCCUUCCCCACCCAAACCCAUUCCUCUUUCCUCCUCACCCAAACCUCCCCCUUUGAGUCCCUCCCCCAGGGCGCGGGCUCUGGGCUCGUCUCGCAAGCAGCAGGUGCCGCAACUGGACACGCUGAGAGGCAGAAAGCGAUUGGAGAGCUCACUGUCUCAAAUUGCUGACUUCAGACUGAAACAGUCCUUACACACACAAGACCAGGAGUUUCCACUCCAGCUGAAAAAGCAGCAGGACCUCUACAAAACCUCACAAAGCUCUGGAAUAAUAUCCUCUUCUUCCUCCUCACCUUUGCCUCUGUCUUCUUCCUCCUCCACACUUCUCCCUUCCAAAAUCACGUCGGGUCGCACCAAGCCACCCACUGCACAGGGCGUCCCUGCAUCACCUAACCUCCUCCUCUCGCAGACUCUCCUGGGCCUGAGCCACGCCAACGGUGUGAUCCAGAGCUCCACCCAGGAUGCACCGCUCGCACUCACCACCAAAACUCGCUCCGACCUGCCCGUCAACCUGAGCACAGGUGGCAGAAAGGACACGGCUGCGACGACCCCCCCGACCGCCUCGACGGCCACCCCGGGGUCCGCCUCUGCCCUCCCGGCGAGGCCACGUCCCUCUCGCAAAAACAAGACGCCCAGAGCCCUGGAGGCCUGGAAGGACGUUUCUCAGAAGCACCUGGUCCAGUCUCUCGUUGAGCUGUACAAUCAGGGCGGGGCAGAGCAGAAGACCCCAGGCAAGAAGGACUCCGACGAGUCGGCCGAGGAUGAUGACGACGAUGAGGAGGAUGAUAUGGAUGAUGAAGAUGAGGAUGAGGAGGAUGAAGACGACAGUCUGUCAGAAUCAGACAGUAACUCGGACAGCGAGCUGAACGGCUCUGCAAGCGGUAAUAGGAAAAACAGGGACACGACAGAGACGGAGACAGAUGGAGAGAGGACGCCUUUGAAGCUCAGCAGGGACCUGCCCCUGCUCGCUUCCUCCACCAAUUACGGCCUGCCUGACUGCUCGCCGCUAAACCUUCAAGUCAUUAAACCCUCCAGCAUGGCCAUGCCCACCAUCUUCAGCAGCUCUGGUGCCUUGACCUAUCACAGCUCACCAUCCUCGUCUUAUUCAGUCGGCACGUCCCCAGGCUCUGGGAAGAGGAAGCGAAUGAUGAGUGAGGAUGAUCUAAAGACUCCUUUGGAAAUGGGCUGGCGCAGAGAAACCAGGAUCAAAACAGUCGGAGGUCGUCUCCAAGGAGACGUGGCGUAUUAUGCUCCCUGUGGCAAGAGGCUGCGUCAGUACCCCGACGUGGUGAAGUAUCUAUCCAGAUACGGAAUAACUGACAUCACACGCGAUAAUUUUAGCUUCAGUGCAAAAGUAAGGGUUGGUGACUUCUAUGAAGCCAGAGAAGGAGCCCAGGGUCUGCAAUGGUGCCAGCUGAGCGAGGACGGGGUCAUCCCGCGUAUCAGAGCCAUGGACGGCCGGAGGGGUCGAACACAGAACACAGAACGCCAGCACGCAGUAGGUGACAGUGAGGGCUCGGGUGAGCACCGCAGGAAAGGCCGUCCACCCAAUGUAGGCCAUACUGAGUUCCCCAGCUCGUCAGAGGCCAAACUGCUCCGGAAACUGGAGGCUCAGGAAAUUGCUCGGCAAGCAGCUCAGAUGAAGCUGAUAAGGAAGCUGGAGAAGCAGGCGCUUGCCCGGGCGGCUAAAGAAGCCCGCAAACAGCAAGCCAUAAUGGCCGCAGAGGAAAGGAGGAAGCAGAAGGAACAAAUUAAGAUUCUUAAACAGCAGGAAAAGAUAAAGCGCAUUCAGCAAAUCCGGAUGGAGAAGGAGUUCCGUGCACAGCAGAUUCUCGAGGCAAAGAGGAAGAAGCGGGAGGAGGCCGCCAAUGCCAAAAUUUUAGAGGCAGAGAAGCGCUUAAAGGAGAGAGAGAUGAGGCGACAGCAGGCGGUUAUCCUUAAGCACCAGGAGUUGGAGAGGCAUAGACUAGAUAUGGUAUGGGAGAGGGAGAGGAGAAGACAGCACAUAAUGCUGAUGAAGGCUGUGGAGGCCCGCAAAAAAGCUGAGGAGCGUGAGCGCCUCAAGCAAGAGAAGCGGGAUGAGAAGCGCCUGAACAAGGAGCGGAAGCUGGAGCUGCGCCGUCUUGAGCUGGAAAUGCUCCGUGAGAUGAAAAGACCCAAUGAGGACAUGUGUUUAACUGAUCACAAGCCUCUUCCGGAGUUCUCUCGCAUACCAGGGCUGGUGUUGCCUGGUCAGGUAUUUUCUGACUGCCUGAUGGUGGUGCAGUUCCUUCGUAGCUUUGGGAAGGUUUUGGGCAUGGAUCAGACUGAGAUUCCCACACUAGGACUGCUGCAGGAAGGCCUGCUUAACCUGGGAAACAGUAUGGGCCAGGUGCAGGACCUGCUGGUACGCCUGCUCUCCUCAGCUGUGUGUGACCCAGGACUGCCCCAAGGACAUAGGGCUAAGUCUAUCCUGGGUGAUCAUCUGACUAACAUAGGUCUGAACCGGGACAACAUUUCUGAGGUGCUUCAGCAGUACAUGGAGGCGCACUGUGCUCAGACAGAGCUGGCUGAUAUGGCCUUGAGCAUGAAAACUAAGGCCUUCCAAGCUCACACACCCACACAGAAAGCUGCGGUGCUGGCCUUCCUGGUUAAUGAACUAGCCUGCAGCAGGAGUGUGGUCAGUGAGAUCGAUAAAAGCCUCGACCACAUGAAUGUACUGAGGAAGGAUGAGUGUAUCGUGGAGACGAAGCUCAAGAAGCUGAAGAACACUUAUGCGAAGCGCACAGGGAAACGUGACGCCAGUGCUGGAGGGGACGAGCCUCAGGCCACAGGCACACCAAGCUCUGCACAUAAGCGCAAAAGGAAGGCUGGUGACAGCGACGACGACGAUGAUGAUGACGAGGAGAGUGAUGAGGCGAUAGAUGAGGAUGAUGAUGAGGAAGAGGAAGAAGUAAAAAAGUUCAGAAAAGUGGAGACUUGCGAUGAGGAUGAAGGAGAUCAAUCCACUAGUGUGGAGGAGCUGGAGAAACAGAUUGACAAAUUAUCAAAGCAACAGAAUCAGAUCAGACGGAAGCUGUUUGAAUCGACUCAUGCUUUGCGCUCCAUGAGCUACGGGCAGGAUCGUUAUCGCCGGCGCUAUUGGGUUCUGCCACAGUGUGGAGGAGUGUUCAUUGAGGGUGUGGAGAGCGGAGAAGGUCCUGAGGAGCUGGAGAAGGAGCGAGAGAGAUCACGCAACUUUAAGCCUGUGCAGGUGAAGGAGGAGCCACUGGAGGAGGCACCACAGCAGACAGAGGUGAUUGCUCAGGUGAAGCAGGAGGAGGAGCUGCACUUGGAGGAGGAGUUAAAGCAAGAAGACGAGAAGCCCUCCUCACCAGAGCAGAAAGAAACUCAGCAGUUGAUUCCCACUUCCUUCAAGAGCUCCCCACUUAAAGAUCCCCCAACCCCAGACAAUGAGCUGACCUCCCUGUGCCACACUCCUAACAGCAGUCCGGUGACCGCCGGCCCAGCAACUGCAUCAGCAUCAUCUCCAACUCAUUCUACCUCCAAGCCUAUGGUGCUUUGCAGCACUCCUGCAGACUCUACACCUUCUUUUUCUCAGUGCGCCGCACUUUCAGCACAGUUUGGACUUCCUCUUGUUUUACAGCAUCAGCAGCAGCUCCUGGGUAAUGACCAGCUCCUGCGUGUUUUAACUGAGCGCAGUGGCCACUGGUUCAGCCUCGUGCCCCGUUCUCCCUGUGAUGAUUCUUCACUUACUCAACCUCAGCCCAGGAGCCCUCCUCCGAAAUCCUGCUCCCCCCACCAGCACCUCCACCCAACAUCUACUUCCAGCAGCCCCCUUAACACUGUUCAUGAUGGGUUGGGAAACCACACUGUAUUCCCUCUACAGGUCAAAUCCGCUGGUGCUCUACUUUCUUUGCCCAUGUGUGGCUGGUCAGGUGGUGUGAUCAGCCCCAAUCUGCCCAUGUACAGCAGCCCUAUGCCCCUUUGCCCACUCACCGAGGGUAGUGCCAGUCCCCUCCUGGCCCCUAGUGUCUCCACCAGCAAGAGUGGCUCCCCUGCACCCCCUGGGGACAAACCCCUCUCUUCCUCCUCGCCUGCUAUAGACCUGCCACGCAAUCACGACCAUCCACAAGCGCAGCCCAUAGCAGAGGACAUGCUGAUGGGCUGGUGGAAGGUGCGAGAUAUGGAGGAGAUGCAGGCUUUGAUGAAAUCUCUCCACAGCAGAGGAAUCAGAGAGCGAGCACUGCACAAGCAAAUCCAAAAAUCCAUGGAGCUUAUCAUACAGACCUGCAACAAGAACAAAGAGGUGGCAGUGAUGGAGGUGUCAGAUCUGGACGAGGGCCAGGUUUCUGAAGAGACGUUACAGGACUGGUGUGUGGAGGAGCAGGCCAUGGAGACUGACAUUGCUUUACUACAACAGGUGGAGGAGCUUGAACGCAAAGUCACUUCUGCCAGCCUCCAGGUCAAAGGCUGGAUGCAUCCGGAGCCCCAAUCCGAGAGGGAGGACUUGGUUUAUUACGAGCACAAGCCUCUUCCCAAGCCAUGCCCAGGGUCGGAGUCCCAAGAGGAGCGAAGCUCGGAGAAAGGCUUGAGGCGACAGCCCAGCAACCCGCUGGACAUCGCAAUGAUGCGCCUGGCCGAGCUGGAGCGGCACAUCGAGAGAAGGUACCUGCGGAGCCCCUUAGGGACAACCAUCCAGAUCAGGCUGGAUAAUGUGGGGACGGUCACUGUGCCCGCCCCCUCGCCAUCCACUAGCGCUGGAGGGGAAGGAAGCGAGGAGGAGAUUGCACCAGGGAUGAAGGUUUGGAGGAAAGCUCUGAGCGAGGUCCGCAACUCUUCCCAGUUGGCCAUGUGCCUGCAACAGCUGCAGAAGUCCAUCGCUUGGGAGAGAUCCAUUAUGAAAGUGUACUGCCAGAUCUGUCGGAAGGGGGAUAACGAGGACCUACUGCUGCUGUGUGAUGGCUGUGAUAAGGGCUGUCACACUUACUGCCACAAGCCCAAGAUCAACACCAUCCCGGAGGGAGACUGGUACUGCCCUGCCUGCAUCUCCAAGGCGAGCAAUCAGUCCCCUAAGAACAAGAAGUCUCAGAGUCGUGUGCAGUCAAACACAGGGGCAAGAAAGUCUUCAGAAACGGCCAAGAAGAACAAAAAGCAGCAGGAUGUUGGUGAGGAAGAUGAGACAGGCAGCACCAACAAUGGCAGCCCAAAGAAAACAGCUACAGCUGCCACCCAGGCGAAAAAGAACUCUGCUUCACCAGCUGCUAAACUCGAGAGCCCAGCCUGUGUGAAACGAGCCAAAACGGCUAGGGAUAACAACCGUGACCUGGGUCUCUGCAGGAUUCUCUUGGCUGAGCUGGAGCGUCAUCAGGAUGCAUGGCCCUUCCUCACACCCGUCAACCUCAAAUCUGUCCCUGGUUACCGGAAAGUCAUUAAAAAACCCAUGGACUUCUCCACCAUCCGGGAGAAGCUCGUCAGCAGCCAGUACCAGAACCUUGAGACAUUCAUCAUUGAUGUUAACCUGGUGUUUGACAACUGUGAGAAGUUCAAUGAGGACAACUCUGACAUCGGCCGUGCAGGACACAACAUGAGAAAGUUUUUUGAGAAGAGGUGGACGGAGCUCCUAAAGCAGACUAACUGAUUUUUUUUUUUUUCUGAUUUCUCUGUAUUGUGGGACUAAAAUGAAAAGCGCCAUUUUUCUCACCUACUUCAUUUGGAGCUCAGAACAGCUCCUAUGUCCUCUCAGCAAGUCUGCGCUCUUCUUCUGGCCUACACAUCUCAACCUGAACCAGCUCACAGCACUGAUCUGGUCCCCAAGUCACAUAUACACCCAAAGAGACACAGGACAGAGGGUGUCUUUGUGCAAUAUCAUUUCCUGUAGAAAAGAGUAAUCGCACUGAAAUCUUCAACCAUCAGAGCUGUAUCUAGGAGAAAAAAAAACACUUUCCACUACUUGUAAAUAUCAUAGUUUUUUUGUUGUUGUUUUUUUAUUUUUACUUUAUUGGUAAUAUUAUAGUGAAUGUAUUUAAUUUUUUAAAUGAUUAUUUAUGACAAAAAAGGUCCAGUCUUCAUUUUUCUAUGAAAAGGAAGAAACAGCAAAAUUGCUUUAAAUUGAAUGGAAUGUUUAUUUGUAUGUGUUUUUUUCCUCUCCAAAUAUGAAACAAAGCCAAGAAAAGACAGGAACCUGUUUACACUGCUCUGUGCCAGUGGGCAUUGAGUGUUUCUCCCUUGCAGACACAACUGACUGCGUCACUAUACACACAUGGGCAAACAGUGGGCUCCCCCAUCUUCCCCUUUACUUCUUGUACAUAGUGUCUAUUCAUAUCAAUAUAUUAAGUCUUGUUUGGAAUGAUGUGUACAUAUUGUUUCAGACAUUGAAUAUUGUUCAUGCCUUAGACCAAUUGUAGCAUUUAUAUUAGUCUUAAAGUGACUAUUAUUAUUAUUAUAAUUAUUGACACAUUUAUUGGUUGUACAGUAUACACAUAUCCUCUUCAAACACUGUGGUCUCCUUAAUCUUGGUAGUGCCUGCCCUCUUGAACAGGGUGUAGGAACAUUCUUUUUUUGUAUAGUCAUGUUUUUUUAUAUGAAACACCCCUUGACCUCCUUCACAUGCAGGCAUAAUGCAGACAUCCCCAUGUGAGAAGUGUUGGGAGUAGGUUUCAGUGCCCUGGCUGCAGCAACAGAGUGACUGACACAAAGCAGGUUCUCAGUAACCACUAUGGCCACGUCCCAUCCCACAUGCUACCAUACUGAAUAGGCAACAAAAAAAGAAUGCCACAUCUGGUUAGCCACCUCUAGUGUACUGGUCAUCAUGGUUACUUUUAAAACGGCAUGCUGCCACACUCAAUAGUUUACCACCUAUUCAACACAGUAGUAUGUGGUUUAGGACAGAGCUGUUGUGAUCUGUAAGUAUAUGACUAGGAGUGGUGUACCAUUUUAAUUAGUAGGAUAGUGUGCGGUUUGGGACUUAAUCCAUGUCAGAGUCUCCCCUCCCUGUGAGUCUUGGCCACUGGAGGCAGCUAGAACACGAGUUUUUUUGUACCCGAUUCAGAGUACUUGAAGUUAUUUUAUUUAAAGCUAUUGUGGGAAACAAAAUGGUAGCGUUCUUUUUGUAGGAGCAUUAUUUUUCACUAGUGUGUAUGUGUGUGAAUGUAUGUAUGUGAGUGUGGGUGUGUGUGGCACGGACCUAUUAAAAGGAUGUUUUUAAAACCAA